GUUUUGUGCAAAAGUUACUGACAUCCCAAGAUGAAGGCCACUACAGUAACACUGCUUCUUCUUUUGAUUUCCGCAGUGAUCAUCAAUGGAGUCCCGAUGAACAGGAGUCAGCGUUGUUCCUGCAGGGGGAAGCCUGUGAAUGUUGUGAGGUGUAGCAACAUUUCUGCCGUGGGUCUGUUCCCACCCAGUGCAUCCUGUGACAACCUUGAGAUUGUUGUGAAGCUGAAGAAGGGAGGCGGACCUAUAUGCCUGAAUCCUGCAUCAAGAAUGGGCAAGAAGGUCCUGUCUUCAAACCCGUCCCCCAACCAGUGGAAGAAUGUGCAAUGUGCAAGCUGAUGUUAGAAUCACAUCACUCAAGCAGAUCACACAUCAUUGCACACGACCCCACGCACUUCCUCAACCCAAGACCGAAGACACGUCUCCUACCAGCACACAGACACAGCUCGCUGGUCUGGAAACAAGCACGGUAUACGGCAGGAGAAUUCUUCAUCCAGUCGUGCAUCUCUGUAGCAUCACUGAAUGAAACACUCGGACAAAUUCUGUGUGUACGGAUGUAAUGUCAAUGUGUGUGUAGAGUAGUGAUUUGUGGCAUUCCGCUGGCUGUAUAUGUGAUGCCAUCUAUCUAACUAGGUCAACAUGUUUUAUUAA